AUGAUUUUUCGACCAAUAGGUGUCACCGUGUUUGAGUGACUGUUGGAGCCAGUGUUGGAGCACAGUUGCUUCCAACAAUUAAAUAUAUUUAUUGUUUAAAUAAUUGUACAACAAUGGGAAGUGCAUAUUCAAUUUGGAAAAAUCCAGAUACAACUCCUAUGGGAGAUUCUGAGCCAACUUUUGAUCCUCUUCUUGGUUUUCCUAAUGGCAGAAAAGAGCGAGUUAUGAUUGCAACUGAACAAGAGAUGCGAGCUUGUCGUAUUGACAAAGAAGAUCGUGAUUAUUGUGCUCAUCAUUUUUUAAAACUUGAACAAUGCAGAUUUGAAAAUUGGCCAUUUGUUGUUAAAUGUGGUGCUGAGGUACAUGAAUGGAAUAAAUGCUACUAUGACGAUUAUGUUUUGAGAAUGAAAGAAUACGAACGUGAACGUAGAUUGUUGGAAAGACAAAAAAGAAAAAAAGAACAGCAGGCAAUUGCUGCAUAAAUAAUCA